AGUGGGAGAUAAGGAAACGUGCGGGCAGCUGUUGAAAAGAAGACGUAAAUAUGUUGGGGCAGGGCAGUCCAUUACGAUUCACUUCGCAUUCGUCUCGGGUUUCCUCCAACCGAGAGGUUGAUGAACUUGAAUGUGUUUAACAAUGACGCGAACUAGCGCUUUAAAUUUUCAGGUGCGUGAUGUGACGUGGAUUCUUUUUGCUUCCUUGGAGCUGCUAUACCUGGUCCAUGGAGAUAUCCUUCGAGGACUCGUCCCCGCGCAAUGGGGCGAGAGCUACGAUGUCGUGGAUCUGUCGCACAACUUCAACGAGUGGACGAUAUAUUGGGACGACAACGGGUACUACAAGCUGAACGUGACCAUCUACAAUGCCACGAGUUCUGGAUGGUUCCAAGAGGACGUAAUGGAAGAAGCCAUACAUGGCGGAACCCACCUGGACUCACCAGUCCAUUUCUACAAGGGUGGAUGGGACGCGACGCAGAUACCACUGAACCGGUUGAUGUUCCUGCCAGUGGCAGUUGUGGACGUGAGGGCGCAAGUGGCACAGAACCCCGAAUAUAUGCUCUCUGUUGAUGACAUACUGCUCUGGGAGGAAAAGAAUGGUCAGCUUCCGAGCGGGUGCCUCUUCGUGGCUCACACCGGACAGUCUAAGCACUGGCCAAACCGAACCGCGUAUAUGGGCAUCGACGCCAACGGCGACAAGCAUUUUCCAGCCAUGCAUCCGGAGGCGGCCUCCUACCUGGCGACGCAACGGAGUGUUUACGGCGUCGGUGUGGAUACACCUUCAGUGGACGCGGCUCCUGACGAUGCCGCGCACCGGGCAGUCUCAGCCGCAAACAUCUUCAUCCUCGAGAACCUCGUAGGCCUGGAGAAGCUGCCGCCAAGAGGAGCUUACGCCAUCGUGCUGCCACUAAAGCUGGACGGCGCCAGCGGUUCGCCCGUACGAGUGGUUGCUCUGGCGCCGCCGUAGCAUGCGUGUACCUUAUUUGUACUCUGAAUGCAGGUCACUCCAUUACGCUAAAUCUGCUUCAGUGUUAGAUCAAGCAGGUUGCCAAGUGGUGUUCCUAUGAUAACUUGGUCAUUCAACAUCCCAAGAUGACACAGUCUUUUGCGUGUCAUCUAUUGACAUUCGGCGUGGUGUUCUGUUGGCUUCGACACGUGAUUUUGUCUAGAGUCAAGAUACAUAUGUGUCACAAAAAUAACACACAUGAUGUUGCCAUGGUAAUAAUGGAGCAGUUCUUCCAGUUUUUCCUGUACUCUACCGCAAACGAGAGCAAUAAAUAUUCUGAGAGUUUUGAA